AUGGAUUUUCACGACGCGCAAGCCCGCCUCGUGGCCUCCCUUCACGAUGUGUCCGAGGCUUUUCAGAAAAUUCCUGGCAGCGCUGUCCUGAUUCGAUACAUCCAGUCCAGCUACCAGAACGAUCCCAUCCGCUCCGCCAUUGAGCUUGUUCUGGUCAUCUUCUUUAUCCGCUAUCUACUCUCGCCCUCGUACCCGACUCACGGUCCCAACUAUGUCAAACUGAAGGAGGAGGAAAUCGACGAGCUCGUCAACGACUGGGAGCCCGAGCCUCUGGUCGCAGCCCAAUCCCCAUUCGAGGAGAUCGAGGCUGAGAAACUGCCCGUCAUUGUGGGUCCGACCGGGCCGAAGUCCAAACUAUCCAACGGCAAGACGGUUACCAACCUCGCCGCCUACAACUUCUAUAAUUUCAAUGCAAACGAGCAGAUCAAGGACAAGGCUAUUCAGACACUGCGCACGUACGGCGUCGGCCCUUGCGGCCCGCCACAAUUUUAUGGCACUCAGGACGUUCACAUGAAGACGGAAGCCGACAUUGCGGCCUAUCUGGGCACAGAGGGCUGCAUCGUCUACUCACAGGCCUUCUCGACCAUCUCCAGUGUCAUUCCCUCCUUUUGCAAGCGUGGUGAUGUAAUCCUUGCCGACAAGCAGGUCAACUACUCGAUCCGCAAAGGUCUCGAGAUCUCUCGAAGCCAGGUCAAAUGGUUCAACCACAAUGACAUGGAAGAUCUGGAGAGGAUCAUGAAGCAGGUUGUCCGUGAUCAGUCCAAGAAGAAGUUGACCAGAAGGUUCAUUGUUACCGAAGGUUUAUUUGAGUUGGUUGGUGACUCUACCAAUCUGCCAAAGCUGGUCGAAUUGAAGGAAAAGUACAAGUUCCGGAUCAUUCUGGAUGAGACCUGGUCUUUUGGCGUCCUGGGCCGCACCGGACGAGGCCUGACCGAGGCUCAGAAUGUGGACUCUUCACAGAUUGACAUGAUUGUAGGAUCGCUGGCUGGGCCACUCUGCGCCGGUGGUGGUUUCUGUGCCGGCGGACGCGACGCCGUCGAGCACCAGCGCAUCACAGCCGCCUCGUACACUUUCUCUGCAGCCCUGCCGGCGAUGUUGGCCGUCACGGCUAGCGAGACGCUCAACGUGCUGCAGUCGAACCCCGAGAUUUUGACCCAGUGCCGCGAGAACAUCAAGGCCAUGAGGGCUCAGCUGGAUCCCCGCAGUGACUGGGUCAACUGUACCAGCUCGCCCGAGAACCCCAUCAUGCUGUUGGUGUUGAAGCCGGAUGUGAUUCGGUCGAGGGGCCUUAGCUAUACAGACCAGGAACGCAUCCUUCAGGACUGCGUCGAUGAGACAUUGAACAACGGUAUUCUCAUCACUCGCCUUAAGAGCUUACCAUCGGUGAAGGCUAUCGGCACGCCCAAGGAUGAGACAUGGGCGAUUAGCCCGGCGCUGAAGGUUUGCAUCACUUCGGGAUUGUCUAAAAAGGAAAUUGAGAAGGCUGGUGUCACGAUACGGCACGCCAUCACCAAAGUCAUGACCCGAAAGACCAACAGACAGUCGUCACUUGUGGCAUAG